CCAUUGCUGUAGGAACUGAGGUGUGUCUCGGUUUUUACCUGGGAGGCAGUGAUGCAAGCGUUUCUGGUGAGACCAAUCCUUGGCUUGGGGUGGGGAGGAACAUACUAACAGGCCACCAGGAGAGUCCUGAGGCAGGCAACAGAGCCACCACUGCCAGAAGGGAGCUCCAGACAUCGGAUACAGACAUCCAAGUGAGAAGCUGCAGCAAGACGCUUGGAUUUAUUCACCACGGACACUGGCAACAAUGGCCUGCCUAUUCCCCAGAGCCCUGGGGCCUCUGGUCCUUCUGAUGGUGGUGCUGCUGGUGCAUGGCGAGCUUCGAAUAGAGCCUGGAAGACAGCACGGAGAAGAUAGAACAGCAGUGCAGCAGGUCAAAAGGAGGUACAAGCGUGAAUGGGUGAAAUUUGCAAAACCCUGCAGAGAAAGAGAAGAUAACUCGAAAAGAAACCCAAUUGCCAAGAUCACUUCAGAUUACCAAGCAAGCCAGAAAAUUACCUACCGAAUUUCUGGGGUGGGAAUUGAUCAGCCUCCUUUUGGGAUCUUUGUUGUUGACCCAAACAGUGGUGAUAUCAACAUAACAGCCAUAGUUGAUCGGGAGGAAACCCCAAGCUUCCUGAUCACAUGCCGAGCUCUGAAUGCCCUGGGACAAGAUGUAGAAAGACCACUCAUAUUAACAGUAAAAAUUUUAGAUGUUAAUGAUAACGCUCCAGUGUUUUCACAAACCUUAUUCAAGGGUGAAAUUGAAGAAAACAGUGCUUCAAAUUCCCUGGUAAUGAUCCUAAAUGCCACGGAUGCAGAUGAGCCAAACCACAUGAACUCUAAAAUUGCCUUCAAAAUCGUCUCCCAGGAGCCUGCAGGCAUGCCCAUGUUCCUCAUCAGCAGAAACACGGGAGAAGUCCGCACUUUGACCAGUUCUCUUGAUCGAGAGCAAAUUAGUAGCUACCACCUGGUCGUGAGUGGUGCAGACAAUGAUGGCACAGGACUAUCAACUCAAUGUGAAUGUAGCAUUAAAGUGAAAGAUGUCAACGACAACUUCCCGGUGCUAAGAGAAUCUCAGUAUUCAGCGCGUAUUGAGGAAAAUACUUUAAAUGCUGAGUUACUCCGAUUUCAAGUGGUAGACUGGGAUGAAGAAUACACAGAUAAUUGGUUGGCUGUGUAUUAUUUUACCUCUGGAAACGAUGGGAAUUGGUUUGAAAUUGAAACAGAUCCCAGAACCAAUGAAGGAAUCCUGAAAGUGGUGAAGGCUCUGGAUUAUGAACAAGCACAGAACAUGCAAUUUAGUAUUGCCGUCAAAAACAAAGCUGAGUUCCACCAGUCAGUGAUCUCUCAGUACCGCGUGCAGCCAACUCCAGUCAUAAUUCAAGUCAUCAACGUCCAAGAAGGAAUUUCAUUCCGUCCAUCUUCCAAGACAUUUACUGUGCAAAAGGGAGUUAGCACUAGCAAAUUGGCUGGUUACAUCCUAGGAACAUAUGAAGCUAUUGAUGAGGACACUGGUAAAGCUGCCUCAUCUGUCAGAUAUGUCCUGGGUCGCAAUGAUGGUGGUUUGCUUGUUAUUGAUUCAAAAACUGCUCAGAUCAAAUUUGCCAAAAACAUUGAACGAGAUUCUACUUUCAUAAUUAACAAGACAAUCUCAGCUGAGGUUCUGGCCAUAGAUGAAAACACCGGCAAGACCUCUACAGGCACUGUGUAUGUUGAAGUGCCCAGCUUUAAGGAAAACUGUCCAUCAGUUGUCCUCGAGAAAGAGGAGCUCUGUAGCUCCUCACCAUCGGUGCUCCUUUCCGUGAAAACCCUGGACAGGGGGAGAUACACUGGUCCCUACACGAUGUCGCUGGAGGAUCAGCCGCUAAAGCUGCCAGUCCUGUGGACCAUCAGAACAGUGAACGCUACCUCAGCACUUCUGCAAGCCCAACAGCAGGUGUCUCCAGGGGUAUACAGUGUCCCAGUCAUCGUGAAGGACAGCGAGGGAGGGCUGUGUGACUCACCGGAGGGCUUGACCCUGACAGUGUGUCAGUGUGAUGACCGAAGCAUGUGCAGAGUACCUACCCCGAGCAGGGGGCCUAUCGUAUAUGGAGAGUCAUCCUGGAGCCUGGGGCCUGCUGCCAUUGGCUUGAUCCUGCUAGGACUCCUGAUGUUGCUGUUGGCCCCGCUUCUGCUGCUGACCUGUGACUGUGGGGCAGGUCCCAUUGGAGGAGCAGCAACAAGUGGCUUUAUCCCAGUGCCCGACGGCUCAGAAGGAACAAUCCAUCAGUGGGGAAUCGAAGGAGCCCAGCCUGAAGACAAGGAAAUCACAAAUAUUUGUGUUCCUCCUGUCACGACCAACGGAGCAGAUUUUAUGGAAAGUUCUGAAGUCUGUACAAACACAUAUGCUGGAGGAACGGUGGUGGAAGGUACUUCAGGGAUGGAAAUGACCACCAAGGUGGGAGCAGCUACUGGAUCAAGUGCUGCAGUGGCACUUGGCCACUUGGGUCACUCGGGAACGAUGAGAACAAGGCAUUCCACUGGAGGGACCCUGAAGGACUACGUUGCUGGACCAGUGAACAUGACUUUCCUCGGGUCCUACUUUUCUCAGAAAUCAUUCGCCUAUGCUGAGGAAGAGAGUGAGCGGGAGGUGAAUGACUGCCUACUGAUCUACGACGACGAAGGCGAGGAUGCUGCCCCCUGCUCGCCUGCACUCAGCUCCUGCAGCAUUAUUGCCGACGACCUAGAUGACAACUUCUUGGAGUCCCUUGGCCCCAAAUUUAAAAAGCUUGCAGAGAUAUGCCUCGGUAUUGAUGAUGAAGCCAAGCAAGCAAAGCCGGGCCCUAAAGACAGUGGUUCUAGGGCUGACGCCAGCGCUCGCUCCAUGGAAGUCCCUCAGGCAGGUCCUACCAGGUUCCAGACUUUGCCAGGCAGUCUGGAAGUUACCCAGUCAGGUUCUAAUAGGUACCAGACUUUGCCUGGCAGUCUGGAAGUUACCCAGUCAGGUUCUAAUAGGUACCAGACUUUGCCAGGCAGUCUGGAAGUUACCCAGUCAGGUUCUACCAGGUACCAGACUUUGCCAGGCAAUCUGGAAGUUACCCAGUCAGGUUCUAAAGUGUGCCACACCUUGCCUGGCAAUCAAGAUACUUCUGUUUUGUCCACUUCUGGGUCUGUUCAUCCUGCCAUUGCCAUUCCUGACCCUCUACAGCUUGGUAACUACUUGCUUACAGAAACUUACUCAACUUCGGGUUCUUUUGUGCAGCCCACCACUGCCACCUUUGACCCCCAUGUCACCCAGAAUGUCACCGUAACAGAAAGGGUCAUUUGCCCCCUUCCUGGUGCCUCUGGCAGCAUUAUGGCCCCCACAGAGCUUCGAGGCUCGUACAGUAUGCUCUAUACAAAAGAAACCUGUUCCCAUCUAUGACCAAAGCAAACCGUAAAAAACACACCAGGCAAAUUUGGAUGUUUGUACGUAAAUAUCUUUUUUUUUUUUUUUAGAUCUAGCAAAGCUUGUGGUGUUGGACUAAUUUGGGUCUUAGUGAAUAAUCUCUAAUCAUGAUUAUAAUUCAAGUAUUCUGAUUUAUCUACCAAAGCUGGAUAUAUUGUCAUUUCUAACUCUGACUCUUUUUUCAAUCAAGAGUAAACCUGUAUAUUUUCAAAAAUGAUCUAAGAUAUUAGACAGGGAGAUUUCCUAAGCAUCUUUACAUUUCUGUGUUAUCCGCACCAAAGGAAGAUGCUGUCACGUUAAAAUGCAGUGAGGGUUAGUAGGUUGGCUUCUUUCUUGGAGUUCAAGUUUCUAUCUCUGUUACCUAGUCAUUAAUAAGGAUAUGAGAGUAUUAUUAAUAACGAUGGGAAUUUUGAGGUGCUUGAUGAAGCUUUUUCAGCAGCUUGGAACAAAAGUAUCAGAUGUUUUUGUCUUCCUAGAGAGGGAACUCAAAGCAUAUCUUUUACUCAAGCCCAGGGCUGUGAGUGAACAUGUUUCACUUGCUGUAUCUAUUCUGUGUAUAUUCAUAAUAAGACAGUUCUGAAAUACAGAUAUCACAGCACAUGUAAGAGAGUUUAGUAUAAUGUAAGUAAUAUUUUGUGUGUAUUUUGAUCCAGCCCAAGAAAAAUACAGUGAACUCCCUCGUUGACACUCCUCGGAAACUAAUCCUGUGUCAUUCUUUAUCUCGUAAGUGCCAGGGAGCAGAAAUGACCCACGUGAGAUGUGCAGUGAGGUUUGCAGACAACGCCUAGCAGGGUUUGUGGGUGUAGAAAGCAAGGUUUCCCUUCCAACCUUAAAGGGCUGCAAACUAACAUAGCGUGUAGUGGAAUGCGUGGACGUGUAUCAUUUUAGGAAGACAGUGAAAUAAUCCUCAAGUGAAAAGGGGAACUGGACAGCUACAGCAGUUUAAUGCUGUGCAUGAGGGAAGUCAUGUGACUUACCACCCUUUCAAUACGCUCCCUCAGGCUGCGGUGACCCCAACCAUAAAACUGUUUUUGUCGUCACUUCACAGUCCUACUUUUGCUCCUGUUAGGAACUAUGAUGUAAGCAUCUGAUAUGCAGGACACCUGAUAUGCCACCCCUGUGAAAGGGUCACUGGAUUCUACCACCCCACCCCUAAAGGGGUCACAACCCACAGGCUGAAAACCACUUAUUUAGACCAGAUUUCCUGAGAGUCGCCUUAAAAGUAAUGCAGUUCUUCUAGUCAUUUCUGGUUAUUUUUGACCCCCGCCCUUCAGCCCACAAAGAACACCCUACCUCACCGGCUUCUCCACAUUGUCUCAGCCCAAAUCUCCCCAAGGCCAUUGUUAGCUCAAUUAUUUCUAGCUGUAUGAAAAGUAGUUCUUUUAAUUUUCCUUUCCAGGUUUUUGUUUAUGUUUUUUAUAUUGUUUUUAUAUUGACUUGUUGUUUAUUAGUUGGUUGGUUUUGGUUUUGUUUUUUUUUUUUUUUUUGAGACAGUGUCUUAUUGCCGCUGAGGCUGUCCUGGAACCUGCUAUGUCUGACUAUGCUAACCUUCAACUUGUAGUUCUCCUGAUAGCCUCCAGAUGAUAAGCAUGAGCCACCACAUACAGCAGAUAGUUUUUUUGUUUUUGUUUUUUUUUUUUUUUUAAUAAUAAAAGCUUAAAAUUGUUUUCCAGUUUCCUAAAAGUAAAUAGAGCCUAAAGCUACAGAGGCUGAAGCAAACAUCCUAGUAGCUUCUCCUUUGCCAGAAGGGUGGCUACCAGGAAAGUAUGUAGGAGGACAAACAAGCUUAAGCAGCCAUGUUUCCAAGACAAGGCUUUUAGUGUGCCUGUCAGGUUGGAGGGGCCCAACCUGUGUAGCUGUCCGCCCCUUGCUUCUACACAGCAACGUUCUCUGACCCGGAGCCAGACACUUGUCUGUGCUUUAGCUUUUUCAUCAUUGUCAAAAUUAGCAAUACAUGAGUGUUAGAUUAAACAACCCUUAUUCAAUGUGCAAAGGUAGACUUGGGUUUCCCAAAGCCUUUUGACGUUAGCUCCUAAAACCCAACUGAACGAAUGGAAAUUUGGGGCCAGGCCUGGUGGCACACACUAUAACCACAGAACAAGAGAGACGGAAGCAAGAAAAAAGUUCAAACUCAUCCUCAGCCACUUGUCUGGCCUUCCUACAUGAGACUUUGUCUCAAACAAAAGUUUAGAAAAAUAACCCCAAAGAAUGGAUAUUUGGUGGCAUUAUUAAAAUCCAGAGGAAACCAGGUCACAGUGGUAAAGCUUAUAUAAAUGAAAAUCUAAUGCGUUUUUAAGUUUGAAAAUGUAUUGCUCUUUGGCAUGGCCUGGAAGUUCUCAUUGUUUUGUAACAAUGUAUCUGUAUUUUUUAUUAAAAAUAAAAAUGGCUUU